AUGCUACCCGGUGCUGGUACGUGUCUGCACUGACACGCUCCGCCCUCGUUCGCUAAAUAUGAAUGUUCCUAUAUGUUUUGUAUGUAAUGAAUCUUUUUUUGUGUCUGCCACGCUACGUGCUGGACACGCUCUGUGCUGGUAUUUAUGAAUCGACCUGACUGUGAGGUAAAGGUCCCGGUUUCGAAUCCUGCGUCCCUACAUUCCAACCCGGCAAACUUACAAAUGGGCUCUUUUCAAAACACCGGCACUCUGAGGGUUCAUACAACCUCAUAGUUGAAAUAUCCACGUAAACAAAAAAAAAAUUAUUUUUCUUAGUUAUCAUUGUUCAUAUGUAUAAAUGUUAGGAAGUAUAAAAUCGAUUAGUGGUUUUUAGGUUGUUACUUUUGAACUUUGAACUUGAAGGUUUUUCGAUGGUUAUCCAACUUUACCUCAUGUUACUUCUUUAAUUUAUUUCUUAUUGACUUCUAUGUAAAAAAAAUGGAAGUGGAGGAACAGCAGCGAAGAGUUUUGGCCAGGUUCAAAUCGGACUCUGGAGAGGAAAUCGGCAGCCUGUUCGACAUUCCGAUAAAUGUGGACGUCGAACAAUUGACUAACAUUUGCAACAGUGUUUUGGCGCAGGAGGAGCCGACGCCUUUUACAUUUUUUGUGGACGAGAAGGAAAUCGUGAAGACACUCGAAGGAGCGUUGGACGUAGCCCGGUUCAAUACAGAAGAUGUCGUCGAUAUUGUGUACCAGCAGCAGUCUGUCUUCAAGGUCCAGGCCGUCACACGUUGCACAAGCUCGAUGCCCGGGCAUGCCGAGGCAGUUAUCUCCGUCAUGUUCAACCCCCGCGGCGACAAGCUGGCCAGUGGCUCCGGUGACACCACAGUUCGCUUCUGGGAUGUCGAUACUCAAACACCUCACCACACAUGCUCAGGUCAUAAGAACUGGGUCCUUGUUAUUUCUUGGUCUCCCGAUUCCUCAAAACUGGUCUCAGGGUGCAAGAAUGGUUUAGUACUGCUUUGGGAUCCAAACACGGGCAAGCAGGUAGGCCCUCAGAUGAAUGGGCACAAGCAGUGGAUUACAGCCUUAACCUGGGAACCUUUUCACUCAAAUCCGGAGUGCAGGAAUUUUGCCAGCAGCUCAAAAGACGGUGACAUCAGGAUUUGGGAUUCAGCCCUCGGCAAGUGCAUUAGGAUCUUAUCGAAUCACACAAAAAGUGUGACUUCUCUCUUAUGGGGAGGCGCCGGCCUGAUAUACUCUGGCUCGCAGGACAGGACAGUCAAAGUUUGGCGGGCAGAAGAUGGAAUCCUGUGCAGGACAUUGGAAGGACAUGCACACUGGGUGAACACACUUGCCCUUAACACUGACUUUGUGCUGAGAAGUGGUUCCUUUUUACUCAAAAAUAAUGUAGAUACUAGCGAUAAAAUUUCAAUGCAGAGGUUAGCCAAGAUACGAUUUGAUGAAGUGUGUGGACACGAUGGCGAGCGGCUGGUCUCGGGUAGCGAUGAUUUCACAAUGUUCCUUUGGAGGCCGGGAACUGAAAAGAAACCGAUUGCAAGGUUGACUGGGCACCAGCAGCUUGUGAACAGUGUCAAAUUCUCACCAGACACGAGGAUCCUUGCCUCAGCCUCUUUUGACAAGUCAAUCAAGCUAUGGGACGGCAGGAAUGGAAAGUUUAUUACAACCCUUCGAGGCCAUGUCCAGGCAGUUUAUAUGAUAGCGUGGUCAGCAGAUUCCAGGCUGCUUGUUAGUGCAAGUGCUGAUUCUACUUUAAAAGUGUGGAGUAUGAAGACAAAAAAGCUGCUUAACGAUCUCCCUGGACAUCAGGAUGAAGUAUAUGCUGUGGAUUGGGCACUUGACGGUUACAGGGUCGCCUCGGGGGGAAAGGACAAAGUCCUCAAAUUAUGGCAGAAUUGAAUUCUCUCAGUGGGCCCCUGUACACUUUUAUAAAUACAUUUUUUUUUCUCUUUUUCGACUCA